CCAAAUUCAUUCGCCCUCUCUCUCUCUCUCUCUCUCUCUCUCUCUCUCUCUCUCUCCUCCCAUCAUCGCCGUGACCCAAAAACCCCACGCUCAGAUCCCAACCCUCGGAUUCCCCCAAAUCCCCCUCUCCUCACGGGAGGAAACGAAAAAAAAAAAAAGAAAAAGAAAAAAGAAAAAAAACACAACGAAAACGCGAAGAAAAAAAGGAGAAAGAAAAAAGGAGGAGCAGCUCACCCCUCCUCUCUCUGUUAACCUUUUCUCUUCUCUUCGAUCCGUAUGGGAGAUUUUAGGGUGAGAGAGCGAGAUUGAGGAGUGAUUUGGAGUCCUUUGGUGCGUUUGAUUCAGUAGGCUUUUGCCUCGUUAUUCAACUGUUUUUUUUUUUAUUUAUUAUUUUUUUUUUCUGGGCCAUUUUGGGGCGAUUUCAAAAUCGCCUCUUUAAUUGCGAUUCCCCCCUCGUCCUCUUCGAAGAUUUUCAGUGGUCGGAUCGGGAUAAAUGGGUCAAAAUUAGGGUUUUUUAAAUUUUUUUUUUUUUUGGGGAGGGGCGGUUGCUGUGCGUGUCUGAGUGCUGCGCUUCCCCUGUAGUUGGGGGAUGAAGACGGAGAUGGACGACGACGCCGGCGCCGGCGCCGGCGACUGCGGCGGAGGGUUUUGGUCGGCCGAGGACGCGGCGAUGGGAGCGGCGGUGCUGGGGCCGGAGGCCUUCGAUUAUCUGGCGGCCGCGCACGCCGCCGCCUCCGCCGAGGGCCUCAUCACCGCGGCGAGCGGCGACGCCGAUCUCCAGAACAAGCUCGUCGACCUCGUCGAGGGCCCCGCCGAUCGCCCCGGCCUCGGCUGGAGCUCCGCCAUCUUCUGGCAGAUCUCGCGGGCCAAGACCGGCGACCUCGUCCUCGUCUGGGGCGACGGCUACUGCCGCGAGCCCGAGCCCGGCGAGUCGGCCCCCCAAUCCGCCAGAAACCCUAACCCCGAAUCCCACCAGAAGCUGCGCAAGAGGGUGCUGCAGAAGCUCCACGAGGCCUUCGGCGGAUCCGACGAGGACUAUUACGCCCUCCGGCUCGACCAUGUCACCGACGCCGAGAUGUUCUUCCUCGCCUCCAUGUACUUCUCCUUCCCCUGCGGGAAGGGCGCCCCCGGGCGGGCCUUCGCUUCGCAGAAGCACUUGUGGAUCCCGGAUUCGGAGCUUAAGAUCUCGCCCCCCAAUUACUGCUUCCGGGGAUUCCUAGCAUGCUCCGCGGGGUUUAAGACGAUUGUCAUUGUGCCGUUCGAGACCGGCGUGCUCGAAUUGGGUUCGGUGAGAUCGAUCGCGGAGAGCUCCGAUGCGUUGCAGAUGAUAAAAGCUGUGUUCUUGGGGACAGUGAAGGUGCCUGUUGUUGUGGAGAAGAAGAAGAAUGAGGGGAAUGGUUUUGUUGGCAAUUAUGGGCCGGGCGAGAGAGUGCAAGGGAGUGCGAAGAUUUUUGGGAAGGACCUAAAUCUCGGUCGGCCUGCGAGCAAUGUUGGGAUUUCCGUGUCGAAUCAGCCGAAUAGUAAGAACAGCAGUGAGCAGCAUAUGCUGUUUCCGAACGUAAGGAAGGGACUUCAGGGCUUCAAUUGGAAUCAUGCUCGCAAUUUGAACCCUCCUCAGCAGUUCGGUAACGGGAUAGUGGUGGCGAGCAAUGAAGUGAACCAUCACGCCAAUGGUAUUGGGGAUAGCCCUGUUUUGAACCAGUUUCAGCUACAAAAGCAGUCGAGGCAGAUCGAUUUCAGCACGGGAGCCACUUCGGCGGCCGGUGGUAAUUUGGUCGCCCGUGUUCAGGGUCCCCUAGAAGGGGAAAACGCAGAUAUCGAUGCUUUGUGCAAGGAAGAGAGGGGUAGCGGUGCAAUAGAGGAGCGGCGGCCAAGGAAAAGGGGGAGGAAACCCGCGAAUGGGAGAGAAGAGCCCCUUAAUCACGUGGAAGCCGAACGCCAGAGAAGAGAAAAGCUCAACCAGCGGUUUUAUGCCCUAAGGGCAGUCGUACCCAACAUAUCAAAAAUGGACAAGGCGUCCCUCCUAGGGGACGCCAUCGCGUACAUUACCGAGCUGCAGAAGAAGCUCAAAGAGAUGGAGUCGGAGAAAGAGCAGAUGUUGGAUUCUAAUAUGACGGACCCAAGGGAGGGAGUGAAUCAUCAUCAGCCGCAGGUGGAUGUACAGGAAAUUCAAGACGAGUUGAUUGUUCGAGUGAGUUCUCCUAUUGAGACUCAUCCUGUGGGCAAAGUGUUUCGAGCCUUCGAGGAGGCGCAAGUGAAUGUGGCCGAUUCAAAGGUUGCGGCUGCUAACGGAAAGCUGGUGCAUACGAUCGUAAUCAAGUCUGCGGGCUUCGAGCAGCAGAUGAAGGAGAAGCUGAUCUCCGCCUUAUCCCGUGUGAUGAGCUCGACGUAACCUUUUCCAUUGAGAUCAUACCAAACUGGUAGUAAAGGCGGCUACUUUUAACAUGUUUUAAUGUUUAUAUAUAUGUUGUAUGUCCUUUCAAUAGGAAGCUAAGGAUCUGACCUAGCAAGCAUGGGAAACUUUCUAAGGUUCACUCACCAUUAUAGUGUUUGGUCUUUUGUUUGUUUUAUGUGAUUCUAAUGUUCUAUGGAAAAUCCUUAUAAUUCUUAAAGUGAUUGUUCUCAAUUAUCAUUAGUUUCA